AUGAGGCUGAAAAAUCGUGAAAAUAGCACAGAUAGAUCAAAAAUACCGAGACAUAUAGAAGAAUAUGAUUUUAUAAUUGUUGGUGGUGGAUCAGCUGGCUGUGUAAUCGCCAAUCGAUUAUCAGAAGUACAUGAAUGGAGAAUACUUUUACUUGAAGCCGGUCCCGAGGAACCAGAUAUUACUAUGAUACCAAGCUUAGCGCCUGUACUUCAACAAUCCAAUAUAGACUGGCAAUACAGAGGUCAACCAGAAAAAAUGUCAUGCAGAGGUGCAGAAGGUCAUACGUGUGUCUGGCCGAGAGGGAAAACAAUGGGAGGAACUAGUGCCAUUAACUACAUGGUAUACAUGCGAGGAAAUCGGCUCGACUAUGAUGGAUGGGCAGAAAUGGGCAAUCCAGGUUGGAGUUAUAAUGAGGUUCUUCCUUAUUUUAUAAAAUCUGAAAAUAAUCGAAAUAUAGAAGGAAAUGAUACUGUGUAUCAUGGAGUUGGUGGACCUCUUAAUGUAGAAAGAUUCCCUUAUACAGACAUCAAUACACUUAUGCUAAUAGAAGCUUUUCAAGAAAGAGGACUACCGUUAAAAGAUUUGACACUACCAGAUAACUUAGGAGUUAAUUUAGUUCAAUCUACUUCUUUAAAUGGUCGUCGAUUUUCAGCAAACACCGCAUUCAUAAGACCAGUACGAAACGUACGAUCUAAUCUUGACAUUAUUGUAAAUGCCCUUGUCACAAAAGUAAUUAUAGAUCCAAAAACAAAUAUAGCUCAAGGUGUAACCUAUUUAAAAAACGGUGCUUAUAUAAAUGUAUAUGCUAGAAGAGAAGUCAUAAUUUGUGGAGGUGCGUUAAACUCUCCAAAAAUACUUAUGCUUUCCGGUGUAGGACCUAAACAACACUUGCAAAGCCUAAAUAUACCAGUAUUAGCUGAUCUGAAAGUCGGUCAAAAUUUACAAGAGCAUGUAACUUCGAAUGGUAUUUCAAUAGCUUUUUCUAAUAAGACUUCAACUUUGGCUUUGAACGCAUCUCAGCUAUUCAAUGAAAUCAUUAACUAUAGAAAACAAGAUGUUUUUAACAACGGACCGUUAGCUACGACAGGUAAUUUCAAUGCCGUUGCAUUUAUUAAAACCAAAUAUGCUUCUGUUAAUGCACCAGAUAUUCAAUUUCACUUCGAUGCCAGAAAUAUAGAAGAAUUCCUUGCAGAUCCCCAAAUAUAUAUCCAGAGAAGGCUAACACCUUUGUCUUUGUCCAGUGGUAUUGGUGUAUGGCCGAUUUUAGUUACGCCGAAAAGUAGGGGUUAUAUACUGUUAAAUCAAACAGAACCAGUUUUUGGUCCACCUUUGAUAUAUUCAGGUUUUUAUACAGUUAAAGAGGAUUUAGAUACAUUAGUAGAAGGAAUGAGAUAUUCUCUAACUUUAGAACAAACCGAUGCAUUUAAACGUAAUGGUGCUACAAUAAUUAAAACACCAAUCCAGGGCUGUGAAGAAUACGUUUGGGGGUCAUAUGACUAUUUUGUAUGUUUAUUGACGCAAUAUACAGCCACAAUUUUCCAUCCAGCUGGAACCUGCAAAAUGGGACCGUCUUGGGACAAAAAUGCUGUAGUUGAUUCAAGAUUACGAGUUUAUGGUAUUAAAAAUUUACGAGUUAGUGAUGCAUCUAUUAUGCCUACAGUAGUAAGAGGGAAUACAAAUGCACCUACAAUAAUGAUUGGCGAAAAAGCAUCAGAUAUGAUAAAAGAAGAUUGGAUGGUUAAGACUUAA